CUCGGUUUUUCCUGGACCCGGGGUGCGUCGGCGGAAAGCACCCUAGACGCACCCCAUUCUUGAUCCCCAGCUAUAAAAGUUAUUAAAACAAAUCGUUUUAACCCCGGACCACAUCAUGGCACUACAAACGGGUAAUUUAAACGAACGUAGUUACAUCCUAGAUGGUCGGAGACAUUUUUCCGAAGAUAGAGCUAGCAGUAUCGAAUCAAACGAGAACGCUUUCGAUGAUAUGAAACAAUUAAUUUCCGAGGAAGAAAACGAGCGAACAAACAGCUUACCAUGGGCUAGCUUUAAUUUUAUUAACUCAAUAAUUGGAAGUGGGGUAAUUGGGAUACCUUAUGCCCUCCAAGAAGCUGGAUUUGGUUUUGGAAUUAUCCUCUUAGUUAUUGUUGCUUACAUAACUGAUUAUUCGUUGGUUUUAAUGGUGAGAAGUGGACACAUUUGUGGGAAGUUUUCUUAUCAAGGAAUUAUGGAGGCGGCUUUUGGAAAGCCUGGUUAUAUUUUAUUAGGGUGCCUCCAAUUCGCUUACCCUUUUAUUGCGAUGGUAUCUUAUAACGUUGUGGUUGGAGACACAGUAACAAAGGUUAUCAUUCGAUUAACCGGGGUAGACGAUGAUUCGGUGUUCGCAAAAAGGGAAAUAAUCGUUUUAAUCGCAACGUUUUUAAUUACAAUUCCUUUAUGUCUUUAUAGGGAUAUCGCGAAAUUGGCCAAAAUCUCGUUUGUGAGUUUGGUGUGUAUUGGAUUCAUCUUAAUUAGUAUUUUUAUAAGAAUUGGAACUAUGAGGGUUAUUGUUCCUACUCAUACAGAUUCUUGGAAAUUUUUUAAUAACGAUAUUAUCCCAGCAAUCGGAAUUAUGGCUUUUGCAUUUAUGUGCCACCACAACACAUUUUUGAUAUACACCUCGAUACAAAACGCAAAUCAACGACGUUGGGACAUUGUAACUCACGCAUCAAUAUUUACCUCACUUUUAGUGGCUUUGUUAUUCGGAAUUGCUGGUUAUGCAACGUUUGCUGCUUAUUCCCAAGGAGAUCUUUUAGAAAAUUAUUGCUGGGAUGAUGAUUUAAUCAAUACAAGUCGCCUGCUUUUUAGCAUCACUAUUUUAUUAACGUACCCCAUUGAGUGCUUCGUAACUCGGGAAGUCAUCGAAGUUUCGAUUUUUAAAAAGGAUGUGAACGUUCCAGUUUCUGAUCGGACGCAUUAUUUAAUCACUUUGAUGAUUAUCUCAACUGCUUAUUUAAUUAGUAUGUCAACUGAUUGUUUAGGGGUCGUUUUAGAGUUGAACGGUGUUUUAGCCGCGGUACCUUUGGCCUACAUUCUUCCAGCGAUAUCCUAUUUACGUUUGGAAGAAGGUUUUGUGUUCUCACGGCGGAAAUUACCAGCUUUAUCCGUGGUUGUGUUCGGAUUAACCGUGGCCAUAUUAGGGGUGGUCUUUUUAAUAGCAGAUUUUAACGAGGUCGAUACUUGCUCGCAUGGGAAAGUGAUGCCGUAUUGUUUGAAGGGUUAUAAUACAUCGAUAUUAAUUGGAAACAAUUCUUUGAAGAAUUAAAAACUUUGUUUUAAACAAAAAUGGAACAAUCGUUAACUACACGACUUCUUCUAUUUCGUCCAAAGAGAUCACUAUUUUAGAUCGAUAUAUUAAAUGAAAAAUAUAUUAUAUUAUAAAUAAAAGAGAGAUAUUUAUGUGUAU